GGUCCUUCCUCUCCCUGGCUCCUCCCCUGCAACCUUCGCUCGUCCGUGGUGUCGCGCCCGUCCGUCCAUCCAAGCACCACGCCUCGUUCCAAUCCCCCGAGGCCCUUCUUAUUUCGCCUCUCCCCCUCUCAUCUUCCCCUCUCAUUGCUGUUAUUUAUUCCUCUUUUUCUCUUGCACGGUCCCAGACCUUCCCAAGAGAUCUUCUUGUUCAUCUGCCCAGCAGUGCUGUGUGGCUUCAUAUAUUUCCUUUCCCCCUCCCCCUCCCCUCACCUGUUUCAUCUAUAAUACUCUUCCUCCACCUCUCAGCCAGCUGAGCUAUCUCGAUUUUCUCCUCGAGAUCAAUUGAUACCCCCUUAUACCUGUAUAAACCAUAGAUUUUGUCAAUCAAUCAAUCAAUCAAUCAAUCAAUAUGUCGGUCGAGCAAAACCCUACCUUGGAGAAGGACAUCGGUCCCGAGACCGAGAGCAACGGAACUGCUCCCCUCAGGCACGAGAUGACUGCGGAGGAGACGGCUAGAGCUGCUGCGCGCUUCGGCUAUGGUCCGAUGGCUCACGUCAACACCGCCGAGGCCAACUUGCGUCCCUUCGGAGGAGAGUUCCAGCCUGGUCUGUACAAGUCGGUCGAAGGUCGCAAGUUCGCCAACCCGGCUCCUCUGGGUCUCUGCGCUUUCGCCCUCACCACUUUCGUCCUGAGCGCAGUCAACAUGGGAACCCGGGGUAUCUCCGCGCCCAACAUCGUCGUCGGCCUGGCUUUUGGAUAUGGUGGUCUCGUUCAGCUGCUUGCUGGCAUGUGGGAAAUGGCGGUUGGAAACACUUUCGGUGCCACUGCUCUGUCUUCUUAUGGUGGUUUCUGGAUCUCCUUCGCGAUCAUUUUGACUCCCGGUGGAUUCGACAUCGAGUCUGCGAUUGAAUCGGCUGGCGGUGCUCCGAUGUUCUACAACUCGAUGGGUCUCUUCCUCAUGGGCUGGUUCAUCUUCACCACCAUCAUGCUGUUCUGCACCCUGCGCUCGACCGUUGCAUUCUUCCUGCUGUUCUUCUUCUUGGACUUGACCUUCUUGCUCCUGGGUAUUGGAUACCUGCAGCGCAACGAUACCAACGAGGUCAACACCCCUGUCAUCAAGGCCGGUGGCUUCUUCGGCUUCCUGGCUGCUUUCGCUGCUUGGUACAACGCCCUGGCGGGUAUUGCCGACAGCAGCAACAGCUUCUUCAUCAUCCCUGUCGCCCACUUCCCGUGGUCUCCGACCGCUCGUUCUCGCCAGAAGACUGCUCGCGAGACGGUCUAAGGGGGUGUAGUACUCGUAUAGUCCCAGGCCCUGCAAGCGGCCUUGCUAUGUUCCGAUGAACAUGCCAUUGUUAUAAUUCUGAUACCCAUUCAUGUAGGGCCGUCCUGUUUAGCGAAUGGUUCGCAGUGUCGGCCUUCGCACGGGGUUGUUGUCCGGUACAUUAAUUGUUUUUUGUGACUGUUGUUGAUUCCAACUGGAUAUGGAAAUAACCGAUCGGGUAAUAAUGAG